CAUGGCAAAGCGAUCAUCAUCCACAUUGGCCGUCUUGUUCCUUUCCCUCUUCUUCUCAGAGUUUAUGUUAGGAUUGGCAGCGACGACAUCAGCAUCAGAGAACGUGAUAGUGGGGAUAGAUUUGGGCACGACUUACUCGUGCGUGGGCGUGUACAAGAACGGGAAGGUGGAGAUCAUCGCCAACGACCAGGGCAACCGGAUCACUCCUUCAUGGGUGGCCUUCACCGAUAAUGAUGAACGUCUCAUCGGUGAGGCAGCCAAGAACCAGGCACCACUCAACCCUCAUCGCACCAUAUUUGAUAUCAAGCGUCUCAUUGGUCGACGGUUUGAGGACAAGGAGGUGCAGAAGGACAUGAAGUUUUUGCCUUAUAAGUUGGUGAAUAAGGAUGGGAAGCCAUACGUGGAGGUUGAAGUUAAGGGAGAGAUGAAGGUGUUUAGUCCGGAAGAGAUUAGUGCCAUGAUACUAACCAAGAUGAAGGAAACGGCUGAGUCUUAUCUUGGCCAUCCUGUUAAGCAUGCUGUCAUCACCGUUCCUGCAUACUUCAAUGAUGCACAAAGACAAGCGACCAAGGACGCUGGAACAAUCGCAGGGUUGAACGUGGCUCGGAUCAUAAACGAACCCACAGCGGCAGCCAUUGCGUAUGGUCUGGACAAGAAGGGUAAAGAAAGCAACAUCUUGGUUUAUGACCUUGGUGGUGGUACCUUUGAUGUUAGCAUUCUUUCCAUUGAUGAUGGAGUGUUUGAAGUGCUGGCCACUAGUGGUGACACUCACCUUGGAGGUGAGGAUUUUGACCAGAGAGUCAUGGACUAUUUCAUCAAAUUGAUCAAGAAGAAGUACAACAAGGACAUUAGCAAGGACAACAAAGCACUUGGGAAACUAAGGAGAGAGUGUGAGAGGGCUAAGAGAGCUCUGAGCAGCCAGCACCAAGUUCGGGUGGAGAUUGAGUCACUCUUUGAUGGAGUUGAUUUCUCAGAGCCUAUCACAAGGGCCAGGUUUGAAGAACUUAAUAUGGAUCUCUUUAAGAGGACUAUGGAACCAGUGAAGAAGGCAUUGGAGGAUGCUAAGUUGAAGAAGAGUGAUAUUCAUGAGAUUGUUCUUGUUGGAGGGAGCACAAGAAUCCCAAAGGUGCAGCAACUCCUUAAGGACAUGUUCGAUGGGAAGGAGCCUAACAAAGGUGUCAAUCCUGAUGAAGCUGUAGCCUAUGGUGCAGCUGUUCAGGGUGGUAUUCUCAGUGGUCAGGGCGGUAAAGAAACCGAAGGAAUUCUCUUGCUAGAUGUUGCACCGCUAAGUCUGGGAAUUGAAACUGUUGGCGGUGUCAUGACCAAAUUGAUCCCCAGGAACACAGUUAUUCCUGUGAAGAAGUCUCAGAUAUUCACCACCUACCAAGAUGGGCAGACUACUGUCACAAUCAAAGUGUAUGAGGGUGAAAGGUCUCUGACAAAAGACUGCCGUGAAUUGGGGAGGUUUGAUCUUUCAGGCAUUCCACCAGCUCCAAGGGGAACCCCACAGAUUGAGGUCACAUUUGAGGUUGAUGCUAAUGGAAUACUACAUGUAACAGCACAAGACAAAGCUGCUAAAAAGGGCAAAUCCAUCACCAUAACUAAUGACAAAGGGCGUCUCAGUCAGGAAGAGAUUGACAGGAUGGUCAAAGAAGCAGAGGAGUUUGCAGAGGAGGAUAAGAAGGUUAAAGAGAGGAUUGAUUCUAGGAACAAGCUUGAAACUUAUAUUUAUAAUAUGAAGAGUAGUAUCAAUGAUGGGGACAAGCUUGCUGACAAGUUAGACUCUGAAGAUAAGGACAAGAUGGAGAGUGAACUGAAAGAAGCUUUGGAAUGGUUAGAUGAAAACCAGACAGCUGAGAAGGAAGAGUAUGAAGAGAAGUUGAAGGAAUUGGAACAUGUUUUCAAUCCAAUAAUCAAACAGGUUUAUGAAAAAAAUGGAGCUUCUUCUACGUCAGAAGAUGAGGAUAAUGAGGACGCUCAUGAAUUAUAA